UCUCCGGGUCCUGCACGGUCAGCAAAGCCCACCUCACCAACCACCAACCACCAUUAUAUAUCAGCCAAUCUUCCUCUUCACAGGAAUCCUUUUCAUCCAACAAUCAUCUCUCUUCAAACCCACAUCCUUGAUUUUUCUGGGUCCUCCUUUCUUUCUCAGGAAUCGUUUUCCAGAGAUUUUAUUUAACAGGGGAAAACAUGGCUGCACCAUCCCAACCAACAAGAAUAGGCCUUGCAGGCCUGGCUGUCAUGGGCCAGAAUCUGGCCCUCAAUAUUGCAGAGAAAGGCUUCCCAAUUUCUGUUUAUAAUCGAACAACCUCUAAAGUUGAUGAGACUGUUGAAAGGGCCAAAAAGGAGGGAGACCUUCCUUUAUAUGGCUUCCAUGAUCCUGAAUCUUUUGUUCAGUCAAUCCAAAAGCCUCGUGUGAUAAUUAUGCUUGUUAAGGCUGGGUCACCUGUUGACCAAACCAUUAAGACCCUAUCUGCUUACAUGGAGAAAGGUGAUUGUAUCAUUGAUGGUGGGAACGAGUGGUAUGAGAACACUGAGAGGAGAGAAAAAGCUAUGGCAGAAUUGGGUUUGCUUUAUCUCGGAAUGGGAGUUUCAGGUGGUGAAGAGGGUGCGCGUCAUGGACCCUCUUUGAUGCCUGGAGGUUCCUUUGAGGCAUACAAGUACAUUGAAGACAUUCUUCUUAAAGUGGCAGCUCAAGUUCCUGACAGUGGUCCCUGUGUGACUUAUAUUGGUAAAGGUGGCUCUGGUAAUUUUGUCAAGAUGGUGCAUAAUGGAAUUGAAUAUGGUGAUAUGCAGCUGAUUGCAGAGGCUUAUGAUGUAUUAAAGUCAGUUGGAAAGUUGUCUAACGAGGAACUGCAAAAUGUUUUCUCAGAAUGGAACAAGGGUGAACUUCUGAGCUUCUUGAUUGAGAUUACAGCAGAUAUAUUUGGAAUUAAAGAUGACAAGGGAGAUGGAUAUUUGGUUGACAAGGUUUUGGACAAAACUGGUAUGAAGGGUACAGGUAAAUGGACUGUACAGCAAGCUGCUGAUCUAUCAGUUGCAGCUCCCACAAUUGCAUCUUCUUUGGAUGCAAGAUUCCUCAGUGGUUUGAAGGAGGAGAGAGUUGAAGCUGCUAAAGUCUUCAAAGCAGGUGGCUUUGGGGAUGUUUUAACUGACCAAGUGGUGGACAAGAAGAAGUUAGUUGAUGAUGUGAGGCAAGCUCUCUAUGCAUCCAAGAUUUGUAGUUAUGCACAGGGGAUGAAUCUGAUCCGUGCAAAGAGUAUUGAGAAAGGAUGGGACUUGAAGUUGGGAGAACUGGCUAGGAUUUGGAAGGGAGGCUGCAUUAUCCGAGCUGUGUUUUUAGACAGAAUCAAGAAAGCAUAUGAUAGGAACCCUGAUCUGGCUAACCUUCUUGUUGAUCCAGAGUUUGCAAAGGAAAUCAUUGAGCGUCAGUCUGCCUGGCGAAGGGUCGUAUGUCUUGCUAUCAAUUCUGGUAUUAGCACUCCAGGCAUGUCUUCUAGUCUUGCUUAUUUUGACACUUACCGAAGAGAAAGGUUGCCAGCUAAUUUGGUCCAAGCUCAGAGAGAUUAUUUUGGUGCUCACACAUAUGAAAGGGUUGAUGCUGAAGGAUCUUUCCACACUGAAUGGUUCAAGAUUGCAAGACAGUUGCAGAAUUAACGUGUCAUCCCAAAGUAUCUAGCUUAAAUCAAAAUUCUCAAUAAGCUUAAUAAUUUCUGCUCUUGACUCUAUGCUGGGUAGAAGUGUCUCAAAUCCUGUUUGGUCAAAAUUUAUCUCAAUCAAAUUCUUCGAAUCCAAUUUGUGUUAAGACUUUGUCUUGCUUUUGUGUGUUAUGGUUGUGCUUUGUUAGUGCUGCUGCAUUUACUUUGAGAUUAGAUUUGUAAUGCCAAAGUGAGUAGCUCUUUUUCUAGUCGAGGCACUAUUUAGCCACUUUGUGUAAUAAUACUAUUGAAAAUGUUCUGGAGCGAAAAUUCUCGUAUUGGUUA